GUGUUCCACUACCCCUCUCCUUGCCUGGGAGCCAGGUUGGUUUGUUGUAGCAAACCUGGCCUGACCAACACAAUUUUUUCAUUUCUUUUUCUGCUGAGCUGCUGCUUUUAUCUGGGCCUGAGGCAAAGGGGCUCCUUUUGCUAAGCAAUAUUGUCAGUUGUGUCAGGAUUCCUUCCCUCGAGGUGAAGAAGUGCAGAAGUGUGUGUUUGCCAGAGAGCUCGGACUUCAAUUUUGAAACCAGCUGUUUCCGUGCCUCAUCUUAGUCUGGAGCUUUGGGCUUUCAAUUUGGAUAAUCUGGCGCUAUGCAUCCAGCCCCUGGGCGCUUCCAGGCACUGCUCCUCAUUGCUGCCACCAGCCUUGUCACUGUCACCAGCAAAGAUAUAACUCCCCGUUUUAUUUCUGAGCCCUCAUCUACUGUCCAGAAGUCUGGUGAGCCCGUCCAACUCCAUUGCUCUGCCGAGCCCUCCACAGCUCGCAUUUCCUGGCUGUUUAAUGGGGAGCCUCUGAGCAGCAGGGUGGGAGAGGUGGAGAUGCAGGCAGGAUCUUUGACAAUCGUGUCCCUGAGCCCGGCGGCGUGCGGGCGCUAUCAGUGCGUGGCGAGCAGUGGCGUGGGCGCCGUGCUGAGCCGGCCGGCCACCGUGUCCAUGGGCAGUUUGGGUGACUUUGAUGCCUUGGGGACAGCUGCUGUUGCAGCAGAGGAAGGAGGCACAGCUCUCAUCAGGUGCAAGGUGCCAGAAAGUCACCCCAAAGCACAGGUUCGCUUCCAGGUGCGGGGGAAAUGGCUGGAACAAUCAACAGACAACUACCUAAUUCUUCCAUCUGGAAACCUGCAAAUUUUGAAUGUAUCUUUAGAAGACAAAGGAUCCUACAAGUGUGCAGCAUACAACCCAGUUACUCAUGACCUCAGAGUAGAACUCACUGCACGGAAACUCACAGUCACACGCCCUUCUUCAGGUGGCUCCCACAUCCUUCACCCACUGGCUCCCCAGAGCCUGGCAGUGCCCCAGCACAGCACCCUGACCCUGGAGUGUGUGGUCAGCGGGGCAGCUCCAGCCCCCAUCCGCUGGGUGAAAGAUGGCCAGGAUGCACCGAGGACAGGCAGGUGGAGGCUGCUGCACUCCCACCUGGUCACGGACAGGCUGGAGCCAUCAGAUGCUGGGAAUUACUCCUGCGUGGUGGGAAGUGACUCUGGAGCAGUGAAAUAUGUUAACUAUUCGCUUACUGUACUUGAACCUCCCUCACUCUCCAGGGGACUGCAGGACAAAACCGUGGCUGCAGGGGCGAUCCAUUUCUGGUGCGAGGCUGGCGGCAGCCCUGCUCCCAGCCUCACCUGGCUCCACAACGCGGCUCCUCUCCGGCCCUCCCCACGGCAUCUCCUCACAGGAAACCACCUGCGGAUCUGUGGGGUCACCCUGGGGGACUCUGGCUUGUACCAGUGCAUGGGAAGCAAUGGAAUUGGGUUUGUGCAGUCCACGGGGAGACUCCGUGUCCAGCCAGGCAAAGACUCUGUCCCCAUCAUCAUCUCUUCCCCAGCCAACACCACUGUGGUGGCUGGUGGGGAUGUGACCCUGUCCUGCAAUGCCACCGGCCUGCCCGCUCCUCUGAUCCGCUGGUACGACAGCAGAGGCCUCGUGAUCAGCCCCCCCAGCCAGGGGCUUCCCCCCAGAGCACAGAGCCCUCCCCCAGCAGGGCCAGAGCCCUGGUGCCCCUCGGUGCCCCGGGAGGGCUGGGGCUCCCUGCGCCUGCGGAACGUGAGCCCUGAGCAGGCCGGGCAACUCCGCUGCGAGGCCAGCAACGAGCACGGCUCUGCCCUGGCCACAGCCUUCCUGGCAGUCGUUCCUUCAGCAACUGGCACGAGAGCAGGAGAAACAGCUCCUCUGGAGCUUGCCCAGAGCGACGAGAGCGGCGGAGAUUUUGGUGCAGAAAUGGCAUUUUCAAGCUCGCCUCCAACGAAAUCUGCUCUGGACGCGGCUGCGAUUGAAAAAGCGUCGAGCGCCGCCGCGCCGCCCGAGGCGCCCAUCAUCCUGAGCCCCCCGCAGACGCCGAAGCCGGACACGUACAGCCUGGUGUGGCGGCCGGGCCGCGCCGGGGGCCUGCCCAUCAACGCCUACUUUGUCAAAUACCGCAAGCUGGAGGACGGCGUGAGCGCGGCGGGCGGCUGGCACACGGUGCGGGUGCCCGGCAGUGAGAACGAGCUGCGCCUCACCGAGCUGGAGCCCUCCAGCCUCUACGAGGUGCUGAUGGUGGCCAGGAGCGCCGCAGGCGAGGGCCAGCCGGCCAUGCUGACGUUCCGCACCAGCAAGGAAAGAACAUCGUCCUCGAAAAACACACAGGCUCCAUCUCCACCUGUAGGAAUCCCCAAACAUCCCGUUGUUCACGAAGGCACAAAUAACUUUGGUGUCAUCCUUCCAGACCCGUCUCGCCACAGUGGAGUUCCAGAAGCUCCUGACCGACCCACGAUAUCCACGGCCUCGGAAUCGUCCGUCUAUGUCACGUGGAUCCCCCGUGCCAACGGGGGCUCCCCCAUCACUGCUUUCAAAGUGGAGUACAAACGUCUGGGUCGCAACAGCGACUGGCUCGUCGCAGCUGGAAACAUCUCUCCCUCCAAGCUGUCUGUGGAAGUUAGGAACUUGGAGCCAGGAGAAAUGUACAGGUUCCGAGUGAUCGCAGUGAACAACUACGGGGAGAGCCCGCGGAGCGCGGCGUCGCGCCCCUACCAGGUGGCCGGGUUCAGCGGCCGCUUCUCCAGCCGGCCCAUCGCCGGCCCGCACAUCGCCUACACCGAGGCCAUCAGCGACACCCAGAUCAUGCUGAAAUGGACGUACAUCACGUCGAGCAACAACAACACGCCCAUCCAAGGAUUCUACAUCUAUUACCGGCCCACGGACAGCGACAACGACAGCGACUACAAGCGCGAUAUCGUGGACGGUACAAAGCAGUGGCACCUGAUAAAUCACCUGCAGCCUGAAACUUCUUAUGACAUUAAGAUGCAGUGUUACAACGAGGGAGGGGAGAGUGAGUACAGCAACGUGAUGAUCUGCGAGACCAAAGUGAAACGCACGCCAGGAGCGUCUGAGUAUCCAGUGAGAGACCUGAGCACGCCGCCCAGCCCCCCCGAGCGGGCUGGGGGCAGCGGGGCUGUGGCUGCCAGCAGCCCCGUGCGCAGCGGGGACAUGCUCUACCUGAUUGUGGGCUGUGUCCUGGGCGUCAUGGUCCUCAUCCUCAUCGUCUUCAUCGCCAUGUGCCUCUGGAAGAACCGGCAGCAGAACGCCAUGCAGAAAUAUGACCCUCCAGGCUACCUCUACCAAGGGGCAGAUAUCAACGGGCAGAUGGUUGAGUACACGACCUUGCCCGGGACGAGCCGGGUCAACGGCAGCAUCCACGGGAACUUCCUCAGCAAUGGCCUCAGCAACGGCUGUCCCCACCUCCACCACAAAGUUGCCAAUGGUGUCAAUGGGAUCAUGAGUGGAGGAGGAGCAGGACUGUACCCAGGGCACACCAACUCCCUGUCCAGAACACACAUGGACUAUGAACAUCCCCAUCACCUUGUGAACGGUGGUGGGAUGUACACGACAGUGCCACAGGCUGACCCCUCGGAGUGCAUCAGCUGCCGGAAUUGUCGGAACAAUAACAGGUGCUUCACCAAAACCAACGGCACUUUCAGCAGCAGCACGCUGCCCGUGGUGCCCCUGGGAGCCCCUUUCCAGCAGGAUGGUGUGGAGAUGAAGCCCCUGAGCCCCCACGUGAUGGUGGCCAUGUGCCUGGCCCCGGCCAGCCCCGACUGCAGCGCCCGGCUGGAGGAGGAGGGCAGGGAGAGCACGGAGCAGACCCCGGCGCAGCCCCCCUGCUGCCGGGAGGGCAUCGGCCAGCUCUCUGUGGAUUGCAUGGACGGCAGCAGCUUCCUGCACUCGGAAACAUCAAACCACAUUUUGAGUUGGAGUCCCCUCAUUCUUCAGCCUCUUUCCAAGGACUGUAAGGAAAAACCAGGAUGGAGUUCAUCCAGAGUCACCCUAAAUGGUUCUGGGGACCUUUGUCAGCUCCAGCUGCAGGAAACCUGAGGCAGUGACCGUUGUCCCCACUUAAGGCCAGGAACUGCACCGCAGCACCGCUGAAAGGGAGUCACGGGGGGAUGUUAAUUAUAACAGAGAGAGUCACUAUUUAUUUUUUGUAGUAGUGUCAUAUGAAUGUAUCUUGGUUUCAAAAUGGUUGCCUUUUUAUAUUAUUUAUGCCUUGAAAUCC